GCAGUAAUAAGACAAGAUUAUGAUUAGUCUAUCUGUUGUGUUUGAUACAGUUAGUAUCCUAAUUUUGCUUCGUUGUGAAUAGUUUAUCCUAACAAUUCCUUCAAAUUAUUUCCGACUAAUUGAAAAAUCUUCAAUCAUAAUCAACAGAAUGAGUUUAUAUUUUGUGGUCAUUUUGUCAGCCCUAUUUGCGGCUUCAUCAGGGAACAUCUUUUCUACCUUUUCCCCUCUAUCUGCACUCCGAUCAUUUUCACCAUUUCAAAGUUUCCCUUCAUUUGGUUCAUCAUUCUCAAAUUUUCCCUUUGGUCAACCUUAUGCGUCUUCAUAUUCCUCAAAUGAUCCAUUCAAUUCGGCUUUUACAUUGGCUUCUUCCCCAUUCCAAAAUUCAUAUUCUCCCUCUCCCGCUCCACAGGCUGUAUCGCCCUUUGGUGGUGGCUUUUCCUCUGGUGCAUUUCCUUAUUCACCUUUUCCAUCCUUUCCACCAAUGCCUUCAUUCCCUUCUUUCAAUAGUUUCACCGAUGGCCUUAAAGGCAAUGGAUUCAAGGUAACAUCAACUUCUUCCGAGGGUAAAGAUGGAAGCCAAGGCCAAGUUACAGUUCAAGUUCAAAAGAUUGAUGAAAAUAAACCUGGUGAACAGCGACAAGUGAUUCAAACUUUCCGUACUGCUGGACCUUUGAUUCCAUCAAAUCAGGCGAAAGGAAAGGUACAAAAUAAAGCAGAUAGACAUCGAGUUGUCAAUAGACCACCAAUGAAAACAAACAAUCAGAAAGGUCCUCUACCAAAUGGAGCUGUUAAUCAACAGCGAAAACCUUCAUUUGCUAAACCCAUGAAGCCAGCAUCACCAACCAAAGUAUCUCCAUUGAAUGAUUUAUCGUUGAAUGGUACUGCUGCACCUCAACAGCAAUCAAUUGUUAGCACAAGCAACAAAGCAACUCUUCAAGAAAAAAACAAUAACCAAUUAAUCAAAAACAAUGGUGCAACAGUUUCCUCCUCGAAAACUAGUUCAUCAUUGUCUAUACCAUCAACCAGCCAAAAUAUUGUCCAUGAAAAUGGAUCAUCAUUUAGUUCUGGGAAUUCAAAGGUUAUUUCAAAUACAAAUAGUCAAGCUAAAUCAUUCAAUGGGGUUACUGUUAAACGUGUUGACUCCUCUGGUCGAAUAACAACUGGAUUUAUUCAACCCUGAAAGAAAUUUCGAUAGAAAAAGAAUUAUAUCGAUGAAAAUAAUUUGAAUAAAAUUUACAAAAUUUACUGCAAUGA